AACCCUUCACACACUCUCUUUAGCCGUCUCGUCGCCGCCGCCGACGGCGCGCUCGAAUGACGUCACGCCAUGGCCGCCUUGCUCCGACGCCGCCAGUAGAGGCCCUGUCUCGCGCCCUGCCGCUUCUCGGAGCCGCUUUCCCUCCCUCCUCGUCCCCUUCCCGUCCGGUCAGACUAGCAGGCCCUGAUGGAUGUUUCCAAAAGCCCUGAGCAAAACCCCCGCUCUCCCGACGAAAAAGAGGAGGAAGAGGACGAGGACCAGCUGCUGUCUGAUGACGAAAUCCUCAAAGAGAGUGGCUCAGAAGAGGAUGGAGAGGACGGGCAGGGCACCACUUUGGGAGAAGGCAAGGAAGAUGCUGACAGAAUAUUGAGUCAGGAGGAGGAGGACGAAGAAGAAGAGAACCACUCAGGUGAAGAGGACUGCUUAAGUGAAACCAAGUCUCAGGACUCCGACAAUAAUGAGCAAAGCAGGGAGCUUAAGGGCUCUCUCUCUGUCAAGGAGGAUGAGGAAGAACAGGCAAACGACUUGGGUGAUGAAGCCUCCUCAGUCACUCGGGAACUAGACGAACAUGAACUGGACUAUGAUGAGGAGGUUCCCGAGGAGCCAAGCACCGUUGCAGCUGACGAUGAGACUGACAAGGCUGGGGGAGAGGAAGAGGAAGAGGAGGAGGAAGAGAAGGUAAAUGAACCACCUGAGGAUGAGAAAAAAUCUGGCACAAAGAGCGACGACGAAAGAGGUGGGCAGGAGCCUGUCAAAGAGAAGAAGAAAGAGGAAGACGGAGAAAUUGAUGAUGGCGAGAUUGAUGAUGACGAUCUGGAAGAGGGAGAGGUAAAAGACCCAAAUGACAGGAAAGUGAGGCCGCGUCUCACCUGUCGAUUUUUCAUGAAAGGGCAUUGUACUUGGGGUAUGAACUGUCGGUUCAUUCAUCCUGGUGUAAAUGACAAAGGAAACUACUCUUUGAUCUCCAAGCCAGAUCCUUUCUCUCCAAAUGGCGCACCACCUAUUGGCCCUGGGCCUCACCCUCUGAUGCCAGCCAAUCCUUGGGGAGCCCCUGUAGUUGAUGAAAUAUUGCCACCUCCGCCUCCAGACCCUCCAGCAGAAAGUGCUUGGGAACGGGGACUCCGCCAUGCGAAAGAGGUGUUAAAGAAGGCCACAAUGAGGAAGGAGCAGGAGCCCGACUUUGAGGAGAAACGGUUCACGGUGACCAUCGGAGAGGACGAGCGCGAGUUUGACAAAGAGAAUGAAUUUUUCCGGGACUGGAACUAUCGUAUUACUCGGGAUGUUCGGGACUCGACUGAGGUGGACAUCAAAGAGAACGCUAACUAUGGGCUUGACCCUUAUGCGGAUCCUUAUUAUGAUUAUGAUAUAGAACGCUUCUGGCGAGGCGGGCAGUAUGAGAACUUCAGGGUACAGUACACAGACCCAGAUCCAUACCGGAACUACAGAUUGAGUAAGGAAAGGGAAAGAGAGAGGGAGAGGGAGAACAGGCAGCGCGAGCGAGAACGCGAGAGGGAGAGAGAGCGUGAACGGGAGCGGCGGCAGAGGGAACGGGAGCGCGAGAGAGAACGGGAGCGUGACAAGGAGCGCCAGAAAAGAAAAGAGGAAUGGGAAAGAGAGAGGGAGCGCAUCAAAAGAGACGAGAAGGACCGGCAGCACCGGGACCGAGAGCGGGAGAAGGAGAAGGAGAAGCCAAAACCACGAUCGCCACAGCCACCAAGCCGCCAACCUGAGCCACCAAAGAAGGAGAAAGAGGCAACUACGACCACCCCUUCUCAGUCCAAGAGAGCAGAUGAGUGGAAGGACCCUUGGCGCCGAUCAAAAUCCCCCAAAAAGAAGCAUGGGCUGUCUGCUUCACCCAGCCGUGCUCGCAGGCGCCGGAAAACCUCUGCCUCUUCAGCCUCCGGCUCAGGUUCAUCAAGGUCAUCUUCUCGCUCCUCCUCCUAUUCUGGAUCCGGUUCUUCACGGUCACGGUCCAGAUCUUCCUCAUACAGCUCCUACUCUAGUCGCUCUUCCAGGCACAGCUCCUUCUCAGGCAGUCGAUCCAGGUCACGGUCCUUCUCAUCUUCCCCAUCUCCUUCUCCAACGCCUUCUCCACACAAACCUCUUCCCAAAGCUAAAGGAGAGCCUGCAGCACCUGCUGGAAAGGGUGACAAGCCUGUGAAGAAACUGCCUGCCCCUCCAGCGCCUCCACCAGUCGCUAAAACUGCCCCAGCUGCCCCGGAGCCACCCAAGCCAGGAAACAGUAGAGAGGCGAGGCGGAAGGAGCGCCAAAUGAGGAUGCCACCCCGGAGGCGGGCCAUCAGCUGCAGCAUGAGUGGCAGCGGCAGCAGCUAUAGUGGGUCCAGCUCCCGUUCAAGAUCCAUCUCCCGAUCCCUCUCUCGAUCUCAUUCUCGGUCCUCCUCAGCUUCCAUCUCCCCAUCACCGUCUGGGUCCAGAAAGUCCAGGUCCCUGAGUGUAAGUAGCGUCUCGUCCGUUUCCAGUGCCUCCUCCAGUAGCAGCUCUGUGCGGAGCGCUGACUCAGAAGACAUGUAUGCCGACCUAGCCAGCCCGAUUUCUUCGGCCAGCUCCAGAUCCCUAACCCCAGCGCAGCCGAAGAAGGAGAGAGCAGGAAAGCCCAAAAAAGAAGGUGGCGGCAACAUCAAGGAGGAGAAGCGGAAACGGGAAGCCCCAGCACAGCCCCCCAAGCCAGCCAAGGCCGUGCAAGGGGGUAAAACUCAGCAGCCGCCCCCACCUCAGCAGCCCCCACCGCCCCAGCCGCAGCCAGCUGGCUUCAGCGCCCACAAAGAAAUCAAACUAACACUGUUGAACAAGGCAGCUGACAAAGGAAGCAGGAAAAGGUACGAGCCCUCUGACAAAGACAGGCAGGCUUCUCCUCCAGCCAAGCGGGUGACCCUUUCUCCAGACAGAGGUACCCGUGAUAGGAAACCUGCAGGGAGGCUCUCCUCUCCCAAACAAGACCGCCAGCGGGGUCCUAACCUGAAGCUCUCAGCUGCUCAGGCAGACAAGAAGCGCCCGCUGUCACCGCAGUCCAAGAGUUCAAGCAAAGUUACAAGCAUCCCAGGCAAAGCGGCUGAGUCCGGGGGCCCAGCUGCUGCUGCGAAAUCAGGCAAGUCCAGCACAUUGUCACGGCGGGAGGAGCUCCUGAAGCAGUUGAAGGCUGUGGAAGAUGCCAUUGCCCGCAAACGAGCCAAGAUCCCUGGGAAAGUAUAGUCUGCCUUGAUCCAGCCUGGAUUAGAGACUGCUCUCUGUGUUUUUAUAAAUAGCAUACAUACAAGCAGCCACUUCGGAUUUUGCAGUUCAGUUUUAUUUUGGCUGUGAUCCUUUUUAAAAAAAAUAAUAAAUUGAAAAGAGAAGAGUUUUGUCAGCUGAACACCCACCCGCCCCUUCUGGCGGUCUAAGACGGCUCCCUCCGGUUACCUCCCCAGCCCACGCGUUGCCGGCACCGUGGCGGAGGCAGCCACGUUGAUGUUUUUUCCAUGUCCAUCAUGCACAGAGGACUCUUAACUGCAGCCCUGUCCAGAUGCCUUCUCUGCUCUGUCCUCCACUGCUAGCUACAAGUUGUGUUUCCUUAGUUAGCCCUGCUGUGUGUUGAGUGUCUUCAGCAAUGCAGUUCUACAAUGCUGUGUAAGGAGAGAGAGCCAAAACUCGCUCUGUCAUCUGCCGGAAAUGUCCCCCCACCCACCCACUACACCUCUGUUUGUUUGUCUUCUUCCCACCCCUCUCCACCUUACCCCCCCCCACAAGAACUAAACCAGUUGCAUAGAUAUCCUUGAUGGAAGUCUGGUCGGAAGAUCCCAUGUGUCUUUUUAUUUUAAGCAAAAGAUUGUUUUCGUUGAUUAAAAAAAAUGGAAAAGCAAAGGUUUCGUCAGGAUGUGUGUCUGAAAAGAGGGGUCUUUUCUUUUUUUGAGGGGUUAUGCUGAAAAUAAAGUAUUUUGAUAAACAGC